UCCACUCAAACUGCAUAUAGUGUGAACCAUCGGGUCGUAAUCAAUGUCUUAAUUUUACUUAGUUACUUAUAUUUGAGUGAACUUCCCGUAUCGUUUAGGUAUUUCUUUGUAAUACGCAUCAGUGACUCAUACGUGAGUAGUAACAAUCAUUAUAAACAAAACGAUCUUAAUAACAGCGUCAUACCUGUAAGCACAGCUUUCUUUAGUUCAUCAUGGCAGAGCGUGAGCCUAUAAGUGGCUCGAGCCGAGACUAUGGCGCGAUUGCCACCCCUCCCACGGUCGGCUUUGCCGACUUCAGCCCCACCGAGCUGUACAAUCUCAGCGAAGGCAUUGCUGACAACGUCAAUAGCAUCAACAUGGGCCUGCGGUCUCUGGAGAAGAUGAUGAAACAAAUUGGAGGGCCUAAUGAUAAUCUACAACUUAGGGAUAAAAUUCACGACACUCAACAGACAGUGAACGGGUCAGUGUCGGCGACGGCGCGCGACAUCCAGCGGCUCGGCGUGGUAGCGCGACGCGGGGACAAGCCGCAGAAGCUACAGGUGGAGAGGCUCACACAGGCGUUCAAGGAUGCGCUUGCUAAGUACUCUUCAGUACAAAAGCAAGUAUCAGAGAAGAUGGCGGCCCACAUGCCGAAGCAAGCUCGCAACCGCAGUGACCCGUCUUUGCUCGAGCGACAAGCCAUCGCCGACGAUGAGGAGUCUGCGUUGUUGGAUAACCAGCAGGCACAGGCUCGUCUCGUUCAGUUCGAGACGAACAUGCUGUUAGAAAGAGAGCAGUAUAUCCACAAGAUAGAAGCCGAUGUGCUAGACGUAAAUCAGAUCAUGCAAGACCUAGCUAGCCUAGUCCACCAGCAGGGUCAAACCGUAGACACGCUCGAAGGUCACAUAGAAGAGGCCAGCGCCAACGUCGAAGCCGGCGUCGACGAGCUGGCCAAAGCCGAGCAGCACCAGCGCAGCUACAGGAAAAAAAUGUUCAUCCUCAUCAUCAUCGGCAGCAUCGUGGCCAUCAUAUUCAUCGUUUGGAUCAUCAAGGCCUUCAGAUAAACAGCGUAUUGUCUAUGAUUUUAUUCUCUGAAGGUUUGUUAUAUUAAUAUACUGGCGACCUUCCCCGGCUGCGCACGGGUAAACCUUAACAAAUUAUACACUUAGGUGUUCCUCAAGAAUCACUCUAUUGAUAGGUGAAAACCGCACGAAAAUCCGUUCAGUAUUUUUUGAGUUUAUCGUGAACAUACAAACAGACAGACGCGGCGGGGGACUUUGUUUUAUAAGAUGUAGUGAUGACGACAUUGAGAUAGUUGUCAAAGUGAGUUCGACUGAUUUGUAGGUACGUGUAUUAGAAAAUAAGUUUAUUUUCUAAAAGAAGGUCAUUGCAAUUGUCCCAUUAAAAUGCAUGUAUCUGAUAGGGUAAGGAUGCCUACAACAAAAAAAACGAAUCAGUAAUCAUAUAUCAUAAGAUUGAUAGACGAUUUCUUUGUUGUGAUAAUUUUUAGUGCCAAGUUCAACUACUUGCAGCUAAGGUGUUGCAACCUGCGCUAGGGCUUGUAAAAGAAUUUAAAAAAAUACCAGAAUAGGCUCAGAAGACUUUUUACUCCUUAAUGCAUUCUAUCAACCAUUAUGUAUGUAUAAUGUAAAACGCAACCUCUGAAAAUAACGUUGUGAAUAAAAAAAAAAGGGUAACUGUAAAUAAUGUCCUCACAAUGUUUAAUAUCAUUCAUGUUAUCUACUUCAAAAUACUGUGAUUUAUAAAUACUUGUAUUGUUCUAUUUAUUUCAUCAUUAAUGUAAUGCAAUGAAAUGUGAAUGUUUUUUUUAUUCAUAUUUUAUUUGGUACAUAAAUGUGCACUUGUUUAAUUUAGAGUUAGGAACGUACCUCUACAUAUAUUUAUUAGUGUACUUGUCACCCUGUUACGUCAGAGGCCCAUUUCUCGAACGAUAUAAGACUAAUAUACUAAUCCUAAAAUCCUUAUCAAUUGCAUCAGUUUUUUUUUUUUCAUUUGAAGUUUACAGUUUUUUUUUGGUACAGGCCUUAUUAGUUCACGAACUGUCAAAUCGUAUGGGUCGCCAUGACAAUACACCAAUAAUAUUAGACUAAUAUCGUUCGAAAAAUGGGCCCCAGUUGGCAACUGACGGUAAUACUACUUAAGUGGUAUUUCAAAAUAAAAAAGUAAACACCAGUCUGAUAACUGUUUUUGACUGUACUACCGGGUACUGUCAAUUCCGAACGUUGUGUAGGUGGUCAGGCGUUUAAAAAACCUGUGUCAUUGGAUUAAAUGUUGUUUUUUUUACAAUUUAUGAGUAUUAUCAGCAGUGGCGUAGCGUAAACUAAUCUAGCCAUGGGCGAAAUCGCAUCUGCGAGACCCUUUACUUUCACUGUUCCCAAAGGGGUCUCGCGCGAGGCCGUGGGCGACGGCCCACUUCGCCCACGCCUAGCUACGCCACUGAUUAUCAGCUUAUGUAAUGAACUACAAUAUUGUGUAUUUAUAUAGCUGUGUAAGGCCUUAAUUACAGUAGAAUUUUAUUAUAUAGAAAACAGAAAACUAUAUGAAUAAGUGCCUUGGUAUUUGACCUUACGAGUUCCUAUAGUUUUCCGCUAUCUAUGAUAGAUAAUGUUAUGUUAUAUUUAAUCCAUUCUAGUUAGGAAUUCAUAGUCAAUGUAAUAAAUUAUAACUUUAUUAAAAUUUUCAAUUUGA